AUGCCCGAUCAGUCAAAGAAGGCCAAUCAGCCAAAGAAGGGGACUGGUAUUAAAGGAGAAGCCACUCAACCGGUGAAUGGUGAGGCUUCUGGAUCUGGUGGAAAUUCGUCUACGCAGAAUCAAUCGGCAAGCACCUACACGCCAACCACAUCCGGUGGAGGAGGAAAUGCUCAAGAAACACCAAGGACACCAGAACGCGUAGAAGAUUGGAGGCAUGGAACGGGUGAUAGCUGGAACACCUUCAAUCGCCGUGAAGGAAACAAUAACAAUGUUGGCGGGUCUUCGUCAGGGACAGUAUACCCCCCUGAGCUAGAUCUCUCUUCCGAUGAAGAAGACGAGAACCAGCCUGACAAAAAAGACGAAUCCAAAAGGGACGGCAGAGGCAAAGACGUCUAG